GGAUGGAAUGGACGAGCAAUUGUAACAGUCUGGACGGUUAAAAAACCUCAGAUUGAGUUCUCUAGUGGUAGCAUGGCAGUAGCAUUCCUAGAUGGGAAGGUAGCAAACUCUCUACUGAAACGUUUUCCACGGGCUAAUGGCUUUCUGGAAGAGUUGCGGCAGGGCAACAUUGAGAGGGAGUGUGCUGAGGAGAGCUGCAGCUUUGAGGAGGCCAAUGAAGUGUUUGAAAACAAGGAGCGAACGAUGGAGUUCUGGAAGAGCCGUAGCAUCUUUACAGUGAACAGCAAUGCUGAUUCACGCUCAGAGCGCACGGACACUGUGUACAUGGUGGUGCCUCUACUGGGUAUGGCCCUUCUCAUCAUCAUCGCACUCUUCCUCAUCUGGCGUUGUCAACUUCAGAAGGCCACGCGUCGGCGUCCAGCCUACACUCAGAACCGCUAUCUGGCCAACCGAAACACCCGCAGCCUUCCGCGCAUCCUAGUGCACCGUGACCCACCCUCGCAUUUAGACUCUCAUGCCAAUGAUAGGCCUAGCACGGUGGUCAGUGGUGUGGAGAGAGGCGGAGCUUCUGUCACGACCCAAGAUGCCCAUCAUCACACUAAUCUCUCUCAGAACAAUCGCUCCUUGUAUGUACAAGAUUCGUCUUUGUCUGUAGCUUCACAUUUGUCUGGGGCGACCCCACCACCAUCGUAUGAGGAAGUCACUGGCCACUUAGAAAGCAGCAGCGAUGAGACUACUGCCCCCUACUGCGAUCCUCCACCCAAAUAUGAGGAGAUUAUUCUAGAAAAGUGAGAGCUUUCAUAAGUAGGGUCUUGUAAUGGUAUGGUUCGCCACCAGAUUUUGGGGAACAUUUGAUGUGACGCACCUGUUCCCAAUCACUUAACCUAAUGUGGGUCUCACGCAGUGUGCGCGGGCUACGUUUUUGACCUCUCAAAUUGUCGUUAGCAGUUGCCUUUUGUUGUUGAUCGGUAUGUGGACUGCACAGGUAAAUGUGGUCAUUUUUAUGAAAUUGCAUCCCCAUAGUUGCAUCUUCUGCCUUCACAUUUGUAUGACAAAUCUCACCUCUGUCCUUGCACCACUUCACUUCUCCUUUGACCUUUCACACACCAAAGCAUGAUCCUCAUGAAUCUGGCUUCAGCUGCUACUAAUGAAGUAGAAAAUGUAUAAAAGGAAGUGAGGAAGAGAUAUAUCCCUUACUGAGAGUUGCCAAGCUUCCUUUGUGCUGAAUCAUAAUUGGAUUGACAAGUCAGGUAUCAAGAUUCAAAGUCUGCUAGCAAUGAAAGGAGAAUUCACGUGAUUUGCCAAUCCUAAUUGGUGUAUCGUAGGAAUGAUCAGACAGUCAGUAUGAUUUAAAAAUGUCAUGUAAACGCUGUAGUUAAACCAGAAACGUACCAGUCAAUUUUUUGCAAUGUCGGACUACACAUAAAACUCACCGUUGCUCGAACUGGGCAUGUAAACAUGCUGAGUCCAGAUAAAUAUACAAAAAAAUAUUUUUAGAGGAGAUGUUUAUCAGACGUACUGCUAUCAGUGUGGAUCCUGUCCUCAUCAUGUUUAUAUUAUUCAAUGAUUUCAUAAGCAGUGUUAAUUUCGAAGACAUUUACGUAAAACGUAAGCCCUGUGAAUUCUUAUACCAGCAAAAUGAUCCAUGCCAACAUUCAUAGAAUUAGUAAUACAAGUCACAUGUAAAUUGUAAAUAACAAUGACAAGUAGAGCAAAAUGAAUACAGUAUCCAAAUCACAUUAAUGUGAAAUUGAGGAUGAAAAAGACAUUGUGUAAUAUUACUUGUCAAAAAUGCACAUCAUAUAUGCACACUUAGGCAAUUUUCUUGUUUACAGACUCAUUCACAAAGAAAUUUAAAUAGAAUGUAAUUCGUUCCUUACAGGUUUUAUACACAGAGGGUCACCUCUGAGUACAACUCAAUAUAGGCCUUAGAUACAUCAGUGGUAACACUUUGCAAUAAUGUUCCAUUAAUACAUUAGGUAUCAUGAUCAACAAUUAUAUUUUACAGCAUAUAUUAAUCUUGGUUAAUGUUAGUUAAUAAAAAUACAAUUGUUCAUUGUUAGUUCCUGUUAGUGCAUAAUGCAUUAAAUAAUUUUUAACAUAUACAGCUUUUUAUUUGUAAAAUGUAUCAGUAUAUGUUGAAAUUGACAUUAACCAAGAUUAAGAAAUGCUGUUAAAUGAUUGUUCAUUGUUAGUUCAGGUUAUCUAAUAUAGUCAGCUAAUGUUAACAAAUGGAACCUUAUUGUAAAGUGUUAGCAAAUCAAUAGUCUUAUCAAAAUGUCUGCUCAGCAGUUAUUAGCAUGUUGUGGUUAUUGAAAGAUUUGACCUCAAAUGCUGUGCUCACGCAAUCACUCUUUCCCAAGACACAAAUGCACAAAAACUCGCACGCGUGCACACACACAUACAAAAAAAACAUAGUUGGGGGCCCAAUCAUUAAAUAAUACAACAUUCCAGGCCCUUAUUUUCUGCUUUUUUCUCCCCCUCUUUCACAGACUGUUUACAAUAUGUUGUAUUACUCUUUAUAUAAUGGCUUGAGAAACUGUGUGAAUUUGCAUAAAGCAUUCUGUGGCUUUUGACAUCAUCACCAGGUGCUAUACUGUACUUGUAAUGCUGCUUGUUCUCACCUUGUUUUUCCCUCUCACUAUCUGCUUGUGUUUGUAGAUCUCUGUGACAUAUAGCUUAUGCUCAUACCAGUCAACCAAACUGCCCAUCUAUUACAUGUGGCUGAAUCAUGUAUUCCAGCUCAGGUUUAAGCCAGUGAACUGCUGCCAUUGCAGUAAAUGUGUAAAUAAUCUCUCAAACUGCCAACCUUCGGGUGACUGGGCCAUGUUGAUGGACUGGUAUUUGGAGUGAGCAUUGCUCCCAGUAUUACUGUAUCAGUUCAAUACACAUGCAAAAUAGACUUUGCAAAAGUAUCAGAGUUGGGCAAGCCCUAAAACUUAUGAAGCCUUAAAUAAGAUAAUGAAUGUUUAUGAUUUGAUAAUGCUAAAAAAAAAACUAUUACCAAAUGCUAAAGGUAAAAAAAAAAAACCACACACAAAAAAACAUCAGUAGCCAAUUAUUUAAAUAGAUAGUUCACCCAUUCUCUCACCCAUAUGCUGUUCCAUACGUCAUAUGGAGUUUUAGAACAACAUGAGGGUGGGUAAAUGAUGACAUAAUUUGCAUUUUUGGAUGAGCUGUCCUUUGCACAAAUGCUUAUCCAGGCAAUCAGAUGAAAUAGACAGAAUGGAUUGAAUACAUCAACAAGCACAGUAUUUGAAGGAUGAAAUGGGGAAGUUGGGUUCGACUGAAAUGACUGUGCGCUUGAUCUCAGAUCUUUAACAAUGGAGGAUACAAAACCCAGGAUGUGUAGUCAAACUGCUAACUCGGCUUGGAUUGGGUCUCUGCUCACGUCUCAUGGGCCUCUUACCCAGCUGCAACGAUCAAUCCUAGAAUGCCCUGACAGGCUGUCUUCUGCACUGAUGGAGCAGACUCUACAUUGAAAAUGGCUGGCACAAACUGCAGAUCAGGUUCAGGCAUGGUUGCUGUUGAAAGAGAAAUAGAAAUGAAUGUCAGGACUCUAUGUUGCAGUGCAAAACGAAGCAACAGGUUUCUGAUAUAACAGUAUGUCAGAGGUAGCAAGAUAUGGAGGUAAUCUCAAGUGUUGUUUAUCUUCGUGUGUUAUUUUAGACCAAGAUAAAAUUGUAUGUAUGAACAAAUGUGUCAGGGAAUAUGUGUGUUAGUGUGUAUAUGUGUUUAUAUCUAUGCCUGUUGCCAGCACCCAUGUUCCUGUCUAGCGUUUUCUCUAGGAAGAGUGUGCCACAGGCUUUGGUUUAUAUGCUGAAUAUGUUCUUUUAAUAUACCCAAUACCAAAACAUAAUGCACCAUCGCCAAAAUGCAUGAUUUUUCAUACAUUUUAUUUCUGCAGUUUUCUAUUUGUAUGUAGAUAUAUACAUUAUUCACUGUGGCUCUGUUACCUUGAUACACAGCUGGUUACACCAAUUUUGUAUUUUCAUUUUAAAUACAUUUUAACAACAUAAGCACUACGGUUACUGUAAUUCAUAAUGAUAUGGCACAAUUGUACAUUUGGGUAUGUCUUGUAUCAAAUGUUCCUCCUCAUAGGCAUCAUGGCAAUUUCUUUACCAAAUGUAUAUAUUCAAAUAUCCAUUUAGUUUGAAUAUAAAUACAUUUAAUCAGAUCUGUGGCACACACACCAGUCAAUUACAUAAUAGUAAGCUGAUGCAUGAAUUAAUUUUGAUUAUUAUAUUUUUAUUUUGUCAUAUUGUAAGUAAUAUUGUGAGCAAUUCAUAUUAAGCUUCAUAAUUGUUUGUAAAAACAAUUUUAAACAGCUUACUUUUAUUCAUGUUAAGUUUUUUGUGUUUUCAGAUACAGGCUUGUUAAAAGGUCUAUCAAUGAAUUAUCUCACCCAAAGAAAUGUGCUUUUUAGAGAGUUUAUGAGGUUUUAGUUUGCGGUUAAUAAGACCAUAGACUUGAAAAGCAUUCAAAAGUAUUUGGAGUCUUCCGUAUCAUAUCCAUAUUAAGCUUUUUCUGUAAAUCUUUCUCACAUGGAUCUUUCCAAUGAGAUUCAUAUUUGAAUUUUUUUUUUCGCUCUGUCACAAACAAUAUUUUAUGCUUAAUCUAAAAUUAUAUAUGCUUCAUUUGAUCAUAUCAAAAUUUACAGUAAAAUUAUUUUUGAUUUAUCACAUUAAAUAUACUUAAAACUGAAAUGUGGAUUUAGUCAUGAUUUAUAGCCAAACAUUCAUAUUUUUAUCUAAGAAGGGAUAAACAUACUUUUUACAUGUUUUAAUUUAACUAUGUGUAACUUUUUUGCAUUCCCCCAGAAUACACUGUUACCUGAAUGUUUCAAGUGCCAUUUUUAUUUAAUUUUA